ACCCAACCAUUCUAUGGUUCAGAGCGGGCCCAAUUUUAAAGAGAUUUUGCCCACACUAUGAACCAGUAUGCCUGUAUCAUAACGAAUGCGACUGAAGCCUAUUGUCUAACGGAUUUUCACUCGAGUGUGAAGUCAGGCAUUGUCCUCAGGUCGGCUGACUGUAGGCAGGACACGCACAAUUUUCCAUUCUGCGACAUGUGAGGACAGGUGUGAACUUCCUGGAAUAAUGUUCCUUUGCUGCGACUCUAAAAAGCCGACGUUGCCGACAUUUUGAUAUUCACCGUGUUUACAUUCGUUGAUUCAGUAAGGUGUUAAGGUGAUGCCUUAAGAAAAGAGAAGUAUACUCGAAGUUCCCUUGUCAAGGUUUGUUAUCAAUGGAGUCUGUGAACGAUGAUUCAUUGGAAAGAAAACAGAAUAACCUCCCAUCGACACAGAAUGCUAGUUCGCGCAGUUUCAAGAGAGGCACGUCACUUCUUCAUCAACGACAUUUGAAUAUACUUCGGCGACCAUCGGCUAGAAACUCAAAAGAAGAUAAGACGAUGGUCGUGCAAUCUGUGGCUUCAUCGGAUGAUGUACAUCUGAAUGUGAAUGAAAAUACUGGACCAACUGUCGAAUCCAAAUCACGCCUUCUAACCAGACGUAAGCAGUACUCUGAAAAUCGUGUCCCGACGAUUUCACUGGAUGAUCCUGGAGUAAGCACAUCUUCCCCAAAUAUCGCAAGUAGUCUCCUAUCUCCACCAAGUAUACAACAAUCUCAACAUAGAUAUAUAUCGUCCACUACAUUGGGACUUCAUCCAGGAUGUUGCACCAUAUCACCAUUAGCCAUUCCCCGUCUGGAUGUUAGUAUGUCACAGAGAGCUCUUUCUGCCUCGCCUUCCAAGGAUUCAUCGGCGGGAAAACUUAUAUCAUAUGAACGUAAUGUUUUCUCUGCCUGUUCCAUGGACUCUGUUGGGCUCAAGAAUAAUGAUUCAUUUAGAUCUAAUCAGUUGUCAGACUAUACCAAUCCACCUCAUUUGUCCACUCCAUCUUCCACUCAAAGCCCUCCUGGAACAUCACCAUCACAGCUCAGAUCCACGUUACCAUCGCGACUCAUGGCCACAUCGCCAGGUAGUCCACCAAACUCGGGAAUUUCGGCAAUCAGUCUCGUGCAGCAGCGGUCUACAGAAUCACAUGAAUCAUCCAUCAGCAUGCCAAGCGCCACCAGUUCUGGAAGUAGCGGUAUUCCGCAUAGCAGAGCACGCAUUUCUCGGCUUGCAUUUCACGACAGACUGAUAAAUAGGAGUCACGAAAACACACCAAAUACGGGGUCAUCACGAUCUCCCCAUAGUGAACCCCAGACCGUACACAGGCGAUCAAGUUAUGAGAUGGCCACAGGAAAACUUGAUAUACCCCAACCGAAAGUCAAACGCAGUGCGCUGAAAAGUGCAUUCAUAGCGCUGAAAGACAAGCGUGACGCCUUUUUCAAACGUUCCUCCAAAACUAUGGAUGAAUCAAAUGAAAUCAGUGAUCCCGUUUACCACUUACUACGCUGCGCAGCAACUCCAGAUCAUCAGCCUUCCACGUGUAAAUGCGUUUGUCAUAUGGAUGAUUUUGAAGGUCACCGGGGUCUUGCGGAAAUGUCCUCCCCGAUAAACGUUUUGUUCUCACCUCGAAGUCGGCCGCAACCGCAGCUGCCGUAUAAAACAAAGCUCGCGGAAUCCAAAUCUCCGCAUUCCCUUCCGACCUUGUACCCGGAUGAAGGGUUAACACCAAGCACUGAGGACUAUCCCACGUCACGGUCAGGUUUAUCAAAGAAACCAACAUUUUCACUGCCAAGUAUUCUUUCCCGACGGAAACAAAAAUCACAACGGAAGAAGGAAGAAGGAGCAGUUUCAUCAGAGUCAGGUGCCGUAGCAAACGCGUUAUCUGGAGAUCAUUCAAGACAACAUAUAUUUACGUUCGAUUCACCAUGAAUAGGACGUACCAAUAUGGGACCAAAUCAGAUGCUUGAUGGUAUUUGUCACCACGAAAGGUUCAUAGCUGUGUGCUAAACAGAUCAGAGGGUGCCCGUGCACAGGCCGAUCAACCUCUAUUGCAUUCCUGUAUCAAAUGUGAGCAACUGCAGUACGCUGCAGCCCUGUCUAGCAUUCAGUGAUCAUUAUGUACAUUAUCGAUUCCGUUCUUUCUUCCUCCAAUCCCAAAUGCCCAACUGCAUUCACUGACCUAAAAUCCCGACCAGUUUAUUCAACGUUAACAAGAAAAACAACAACAUUGACAUUCAAACAUGACCUCAAAUUCGAGUGCCG